UGCAAACUUGAUUCUACUAAAUAAUACACGGGCGAGAAAUGUCCGCGCCGUUUGUCUUGCUCCCCAAAAGGUGCACACGCACCCAAGUGUGUUGCAGAUCUCACGCCGCUUAAAUCCUCAUGGCGACGACGCUCUGGACCACUUAGGCGCCUCCAUUAGCGACAUCGGGUGCACCAUUAGCGCGUCGAUGUGUCACACCUGCAGAGAUGGGAUUAUAAUCCUCGCACCUACAAAAGCCCCUGAAAAAUAGGCUUUCCUGACACGCCGCAUGCUAACGAGGCCAAUAGAGGAAGAAACCCGCGUAGCUGAGAUGGAGGCCGGUUGCAAAGCGGUGGUGCGCGUGUUGCUGUUGGCCUUGCUUGCGCAGGCGGCCUCGGGGCAACACUGGUCGUACGGGUGGCUGCCGGGCGGCAAGAGAAGUGUGGGCGAGUUGGAGGCCACCAUCAGGAUGAUGGGUACGGGGGGCGUGGUGGUGCCUCUUCCCGAAGAGGCGAGUGCCCAAACCCAUGAGAGACGUCGACCAUACAAUGUAGUAAGUGUUUAUGAUGAUGAUGAUGAUGAUUCCCAUCAUUUUGAGCGAAAGAAAACGUUCUCUUACAAAUGAAAAGAGGGGGGGUGGAAAAAAAAAAGACAAUUUACGUGAUUAUCUACAGCGGUGAUGGAUCCCCCCCCUCCCCCCAUCGCCCCGUCUCCCAGAGGGCAGCGCAUUUAUUGCACCAGUGUCAUUGAGAAGCAUGUCUGUCGCAUUCAAACUCAUGUGAAAAUUGUAAUAAACUCUUUUUGAAGCCUCAUCAACUUAUUGAUUUGAUUUGAGCUGCGAAAGCGAAGCCUGGCUGUCAUGCGUUCGUCGCCAAUGUGUAAUAAAAGGAGAGGAAAAAAAAAAAGAGAAAAAAAAUCUUUGACACCUCUUGAAGUAGAAGAAAUUGCCUUUUUUUUUUUUUUUUUUCCCAAGCAGCCGCGACCGACAAGCAUGACGAAGCCGCGAUGCUAGCGUGACAGCAGCUGCCGAUUAAGACAAUUUAUCGCAAAUCAGUGCAAAUCAUUCUACCUGUUCCACUUCAGGACAUUCCGUUGUCAUUGACGCCAUCUGAGUGACGUGCCAACGUUAAAAUGUGGCGCGCUUCACUAUUGGGGAGAAUUUAGGAAGUUUUUCCACACCCAAAAUAAUUGGAAAAAUGAUAGAAAAGGAAUAUUUUGUGUGGUCAAAAUACUUCGGGUAGUCGCGGCUUUACAAGGAUGAAGUAACUUGUCAAUGUGACCAGAAAAUGUCCUCAUGUUAUGAUCAUGAUGAAAAAUAAUGUUUUGACUUUUGAGAAGU